GAUGGAUCCCGCAGCUUGGAGCAGGGGUGCUCCCCACGCUGCCACUCGUGCUGUGGGACCCUGUCAAGGAAUCUUUUCUUGAGAGGUAGGUAAAUUACCUACUGAAUGUCAUUGCUUUUACAUCCGCAAGUUUUGCAUCUCAUACCGACAAUCUCAAAAUCAUAUAACAGGGACGGGCUGGAUACCGCUUGCUGCGCAAAUAAUAUACUAUCUGUUCAAAGUCCCAAAUCUUGCAAUAUGGGCCGCGCCAAAAAAGACAGGAGGCAGAAGCGCGAAGACUACCGCGCGGCGCUGAGGGAGGACGAUGUCACGGAGCUGCCCAGAAAGAAGUUUUACCGCCAGAGAGCGCACGCCAACCCCUUCUCCGACCACCGAUUAAUAUACCCGCCACACCCAGAUCAGAUGGACUGGUCCUCAUUAUAUCCAGACUACGUCGUCGAUGAGCCUCAGCAAGACCAGCAGACUCCAGCCCCAGAAACACCGUCAGAUCGCGAGCUCACGCCAGCCAGACCGAAGAGGAUAUCCAAAGACGUCGAAGUGGCCGACAUCGGCUGUGGCUUCGGCGGCCUGCUGGUGGCGCUCGCGCCCCUGAUGCCCGAAACGCUGAUCCUGGGGCUCGAGAUCCGCGUGUCGGUCACCCAGUUCGUCGAGGACCGCAUCAAGGCGCUGCGGCGGCAGAACGAAGCGGCGGGGCUGUACCGCAACGUGGGCGUGCUGCGCGCCAACACGAUGAAGUUCCUGCCCAACUUCUUCCGCAAGGGCCAGCUCGCCAAGGUCUUCAUCUGCUUCCCGGACCCGCACUUCAAGGCGCGCAAGCACAAGCAGCGCAUCGUCUCGACCACGCUCAACUCCGAGUACGCGUACGUGCUGCGGCCUGGCGGGAUCGUGUACACCAUCACGGACGUGCCGGAUCUGCACGAGUGGAUGGUGCAGCACUUCGAGGCGCACCCGUCCUUCGAGCGCGUGCCCGAGGACGAGCAGGAGGCCGACCCGUGCGUGCCCAUCAUGCGCACCGAGACGGAGGAGGGGAAGAAGGUUGAGAGGCAUAAGGGGCAGAAGCACGUCGCGCUGUUUAGGAGGCUGGAGGAUCCUGCUUGGUGAGGGCAAGAGGAGGACCGGCCAAGAAGUCGGGUUAGGUCCCGAAGCGGCGGGAAAAGAGGCAUGCGGCACGUUCUCAAAGUGAACAUAUACCCAACACUGAACAAAGAUGCCCGUGUCGACGGUCUCAACCUCUGUCGGCGUAUGCGGUCAGAGGUGUCUCGAACACUCCGUCCCAGUCAACUGCCCAUGAUUUCAGGCUACCACGCUGUGUGUAGUUCGCCCUCUGCCCACGUUGCCACGCAACAGCCGAGUGAGAUCAUGUGCGCCGGCUAGUUGACUUCUACCAAAACUGGGUCUCACCUUGACUGUUGGGCGGCGAAACGCCAACGGAGACACCGUAACUGGAUUGAUUACACCAACUCUUUCAACACCGAUGACCGCCCAACUGUUGUGUGUCGUCAACCCAUACCCGU